CUCUCUUCUUUUGAUCUGUGUUCACACAGAUUUGAAUGUUUUCUACUCUCUCUUAUUUUGAUCCACGAACACACAUAGAUUUGAAUGUCUUCUACUUUCCCUUUGACUGUAAACCGUGUAUAUCUUUGCGUCCUUUUUUCAUGGUGGGUAUCUGGAUCUUAGAGAGAGAAAGUGGUUCCGCCAUUAACCAAUUACCCAAGAUAUGCAGAAGCUCUACACUGUUUUCUCUCUCUUGGGAUUGAAUGUGGUAUCUUGACCCUCUUCAUCCUUUUUUUGCCUGGUUAUGACAUUUGGAUUCUAGAGAGAGAAAGUGGUUUUGAACGCCAGAGAGAGAAGGUGUUUUCAGCUAUGGAGAAACGGGCAAAGUUCAGCAGAUGCUCCCCAAAAGUGCCACCGACCGCCAAGAAGAAACCCAACCAGAGGAAGCCAUUAGAGGACCUCAACAACCCCACUCUCUCUCUAGACGCCCCCAAAGGUUGCUUAAGCUUUUUUCUUCCAAACUCCUCCAAAACUACCCUUCCAAGAUCAAAAUCACUCCCCAGAAACCCUAAUUCACUAUCCCCACACUGUAGAGCAUCAUCCCAGAAAAAUGGUCCAAACACAGUUCACAAAUCCAAGACCGUUUUGAAUCAGUCCCAUGAAAAUGGUCCAAUACGAAAAGUUCAGGACACUGCUAAUGCCCUAAAGUCCCAUGAAAAUGGAAAACUUCUCUCCAAGAAUUUCCCAAACCUCCCCUACAGAUAUGGCUCACAGUCUAGUUCUCAGAACCCAUCUAGUGAUUCCAAGCACCAUGAAAAUGGUGAAAUUUCAGCUCCUGAAACUAACUCUAGAGAUAUACACCCAAUUUCUGAGGACCCAAACCCACCCAACAAAAAUGGCACAAAAUCCGAUCUAAAAGACCCAAAUACUAUAACUUCAAAUUCCAGUGUCCCAGACCAGUUCCAUGAAAAUUGUGAACUACCCAUUUCGCAAAGGCCAAUUGGAGCUGACGAAAGCUGCCAUGAAGGUCACUGUAUCGCACCAAUCGUGCAAUUUGAGGGCCUAAAGAUGCAAUCUUUGAUAACCACACCAGCUACCAAGGCCACAGGUAAGCCUCUUGACUCUGGUUCCAGGGCAGUUUCAGUUGAUACACCUGGUUCCAUGAAAAGAAUGUCAUCUACUCCUGCUAAGACCUCAGAAAAAUCAACACCACCUGUAAUGGCUUCUAUAUCCCCUGAGAUACAUAGUGGGUCACUGGUUAUUGGUACACCUGCCAUUUUUGGGGCAGGGCAUGUAGUUGCUAGGGUUAGUGACAGAAGGAAGUGUAAGCCAAGGGGCAUCCUCACUGUUGGGAAAGGGGAUGAAACCUUAGGGUUUUCAGAAGGUUGUGAAAUAAGGGUUUCUUCUCUUCUUGACCCUGAAGAAGCCUCUAUGAAAUGGCUACAGUCCCCUAAAGAAGUGAAAUGUGAUCAGAGUACUAGCCCUAAAAAUGUGACCUACUCUGGAUUUGCAGGUGUCCUUUCCAAUUAUAGGUGUGACCCAUUUCAUGAUAUUCCUUUUUCAACUGGUUUAAAUGCCAAGGAUUGGAGUUUUAAACUAGAUUCAAGUUCUCAAGUAACUGAUCAAAUUGGUGAUCCUAAAAGCAGAUGUUCCAAUACCGAAGGGGCACAUCAAAAUUCUAGGGGUGACCCAUAUCUUGGUCCUCCUUGUCCAUCUGAUAUAAAGGCUAGAGGCAAGAGUUUUGGGCUAGAUCCAGGUUUUCAAGUGAUUGAUCAGUUUGGUGACUCUAAAACUAGUACGACUAAUUCUAAAGGGGUGACCCACAAGAGGGAACCUUCUUCUAAGUGUGAUGUGCCCCUAGUUUCUGAUUACAUGGCAAAAUACCAGAUUUUUUAUUUGGAUUCAAGUCAUCAGCUUGGAAAAUCUUCAAAGAAGGGCCCCAGUUUUGGAGGAAUACCCCAUAAUAGAAGCUCAUCUCCAUUGAGCGACCUAAAGCUGGAUCCUUGUUCAUCUAGUUCUGGUGCCAAAAAUAAUAACUUUGGAGUGAUUUCAGACCGUGUAGAUGUUCACGAAUUCAGUGGUUUUAAAGGUAGGACCUCUAAUUCUGAGUGGGUGCCCUAUAUUAGAGGACUAUCCCCUGUUAGUGAUUUGCAAAUGACCCCAAGUUCAAAUUUAUCAGAAGGUAGUCCACAUGGACUCCGUCCAUCUGGUUCACCAUGGGUUGUGUCUCAAGAGCGAGGAGCCUCUUCUUUUAAGGUGAGAAAUUCAGAUCUGUGCUCAUGUAGCCCUGUGAGAAGACGAUCUGUGUCAGGGGUUCCCUCUCAAGAGAAGACAUCCUCUGGUUUUAGUGAGAGACGGUUAAGUAAUUGCACUGAUAGAGCUACUCGUGGAGACUUAAAAUUCAUUGAAUCUGAUUAUGUACAAGAUGGUUCCACUCAUCGAUAUAAACUUUCACCAGAGAACUCCCCAUUUUCUUGUGAAUCAUCGGGAAAUAGAAACCUUAUUAGAACGCCUUCUCCUGAUAAUUCAUCUGAUUUUCUCCCUUUGCCUGGUUUGAGCUUUGCAUUUUCAUGUCCAUUAACGCCUCAUAACUCAACUGAUCAAUUACGACAUCAGAACUCUUUGAAAGCCCCUUGUAGGCAUGAAUUCAAUGAAGCAUAUUGCGAAGAGGGAGAAUUCUCGAGCCCCACAUAUGAAAGCCUCUCACAGAUGAGGAUCUCAUGGAGAGAAGGGCUGGUUAGCCGGAUUUUCGAGCAGGAUGAGUUGGAUGAAUGGGAUUGGAUGCUUGAAGAGGGGAAAGAGAGUGAUUCUUGUGAAGAAAGUUCAUUUGAGUGCAAAUUAGGAUCUGAUCAGAAGAUCCUGGCCCCACAGUUGGUUGAUUCUUUUGAAUUCAUACAUGAAAAGAGAGAUGACGUGACAGAAUGUGAAUUCGGUAAAUUUAUACGGCCAGUUCCUUGCGCUGAAUCUAUCAGUACCGAGGGAGUCGUGGCAUCGAGUGAUUCAGACUGGAAUUUGUGCUACAAGAACCAGUUGUUUGAAUGAGUGUGGUGCGUUUCUCUCUCAGUGUCGUGUUGAUCAUGUUGUAUGUAAAGUUAAAAAAAAAAAAAAAUUGUUAAUCAUGUUGUAUGCUAUUCAGUUGCUGAAAAGUUGAGGAGAAACACCUCUCUCUCAAUCUCUGGAUACUUUUCUCUUUUUCUAUGUUAAUUUUCUAAAUAAAUAACUUCGUAAUCAAUCAUAAGUGCACAAGAGAAUUUACAAGUUGAAAAAUGCUAGUUAUA